AUGGACACCAGAUUUCACCAGGAUGGAGCAAAAGGGCGAAGGAGGAGACUUCCCCACACCACGGUGCAGAGGCUCCUGAGCUGGGGACUGCCCACAUCCUGCAGCCGAUUCCUGUGGCGCCAACCAGGCGAGUUUCCGGUCACUGCUGUCCUGCUGGGGGCAGGCACCGGGGGACUCCUGGCCAUAGGUCUCUUUCAGCUCCUGGUGAACCCUAUGAACAUCUAUGAAGAUCAGAAGAUGAUGAUGUUGUACAGCUUGGUGGGCUCUGGGGCCGUGGGCUGGGGGACGUCCCCUCACAUUCGUUGUGCCAGCCUCCUGCUAGUACCCAAAAUGCUGGGCAAAGAGGGCAGAUUCUUUGUGCUGGGAUACGCCUUGGCUGCCAUCUAUGAGGGACCGGUGGCCAACCUGCGACACAACCUCAACGAGGUGGUAGCAUCUCUGGGCUGCACGGUGGAACUGCAGCUCAACAACACCCGCAAAGCCUGGCGCGUCUCCAUAGCUCCCCUGCGCGCCGUGUUCCAGGACCUGCUGGGUAGCAAAAAAUCACUGAGAGCUGAGACUCAUAACAUCUCCAACUCCUUCGAGGACCUGGACGCCCAGGUGAAUGGUGACACUGGCUACACACCUGAGGAUGCCACAGGCUUGGAGGAGGAGACAGCCCAGCAGGUGAGGACCCACCAAGCCAAGGCCUCCAGAUACCGCGUCUCCACACAGAAGAUGUAUGAGCUGAAGACCAAGCUUCGUUGCUCCAACGUGGUGAACAAGGCCAUACUCAGCUGCCGCCGCUGGUUUGACAAAAAGCAUGAGCAGUGCAUGCAGCGCAUCUGGGUCCCACUCCUCAACCACUUGCUCUGCCUGCCCAUGAAGUUCAAGUUUUUCUGUGGCAUUGCUAAGGCAAUGGAAGUUUGGUGCCGCAGUCGCAUCCCAGUGGAAGGCAACUUUGGGCAGACCUACGACUCUGUCAACCAGUCUAUUCAUGGCCUGGAUGGGGAAUUUUCAGCCACAAUUGACCUCAAGGAAGAGAAGCAGGCUGGGCUACUGGGCCUCAACACCAGCUGGGAACACAUGAGCACCGAGGUGCAGGAUUAUGUGAGACAACAGGAGGCCAAGCUGGAGUGGGCCUUGGGGCUGCUGCACGUACUGCUGUCCUGCACCUUCCUGCUCGUCCUUCAUGCGUCAUUCUCCUACAUGGACAGCUAUAAUGGGGACAUUCGCUUUGACAACAUCUACAUCAGCACCUAUUUCUGUCAGAUUGAUGAACGCAGGAAGAAGCUGGGCAAACGGACUCUGUUGCCACUUCGCAAAGCUGAAAAGAAAACCGUCAUCUUCCCCUAUGACCCCUCUAUCCAGGCCUCAGAAAUGAAAAAUGUGAUUAAGGAGAUGAUGGAGACACUGCCUGUUCUGCUGCUGCUGGUGGUGCUGUGUGGACUGGACUGGGCUCUCUACUCCAUCUUCGACACCAUCCGCCGCCACUCCUUCCUGCAGUACUCCUUCCGCAGCAGUCAUAAAUUGGAGGUGAAAGUUGGGGGAGACUCCAUGCUUGCCCGGCUUCUUCGGAAAACCAUUGGGGCCCUGAACACUUCCUCAGAGACAGUGGUGGGAUCAAACAACGUGCCCUGUCUGCCUCAGCCCGUGUGUCUGAAUGCCACAGCCUAUUUGAGGGCUGGGCUACCCACUGCUCUGCUAGUGUGUCUCUGCCUGCUCCAGGCUUUCGCCUACCGGCUCCGGAGGGUCAUCGCAGCCUUCUACUUCCCCAAGCGAGAGAAGAAGAGGAUCCUGUUUCUCUACAAUGAGCUCCUGAGGAAAAGAGCAGCCUUCACCCAACUGAGGAGGGCGGCCAUUGUGAGGCAGGCACGAGAGCAGAGGGCCCGGCUCCACCACCUGGUGGACAUCCUGCACCGCCGCUGCCCCUUCUUGCGCCCCUGGCUGCGCCGGCGCUGUGUGGUGUGCCAGGCACCGGAGACGCCCGAGUCCUACGUGUGCCUGACUCCGGACUGCGAGGCCGUGUACUGCAGGUCGUGCUGGGACGACAUGAGACAGCGGUGCCCGGUCUGCACACCCCGAGAGGAGCUCUCCUCCUCCGCCUACAGCGACAGCAACGAUGACGCUACCUACGCAGAGUGA